AUGGGUACUCCGUCACGGUACGAAUCAUCACCAGGUGACUUGUCCUCCCCUCCCUCAGGACCCCUCUCGGAACCAGGCUCCCCAACUCGCCGGGAAGGCGCCAAGAAGAUGGCCAGCGACGAGAUCGUUGUCAACGACGGCCAGGACGCCGGUGCUAGGCCCCCAGACGAGAUCCGCACAUCUGACGAAUCUGGGAGGCGCUACGGUCGUUACGGCGAAGAGUGGGUGCAGCUGACGGCGUCCGGCCUCCCUCGGAAGAAACCUGGGCGCAAGCCCGGCGCCAACAUCAAAUCCAAGGCAGAGGGCUCUGACCAGCCCGACGCAAAGGUUCGUAAGCCCAGGAAGCCUCGCGAUCCGAAUGCACCUCCCGUUCAGCGAAAGCGGAAGGUGGCCUGUACCGAUGGCGACGCUACCAGCGAGGGCCCUUCGCCCAAGCUGGUCGCCCUGGGAGCUCCCAACGAGCCGUCCCACCCUCCCUCACAGCAGCAGACCGCUCAGAGCCACGGCCCGGCCUCAGCCUCACAUGGCAACUCGCUGCUCGACCAUCGUUACUCCCCGACCGUCCCCAAACGAGAGCCCUCCGCGCCGAGCUCGAUGCACAACCUCCUCAACGUCGACCCGCCUUCCCGGCCUCACACGACGGGACCCAGCAACGGUGCGGCGCCUUCCCGUUCGAGCGGCCAGAGCUACGAUCCGAUUCGCGAUGGAAAAUAUGACCCCGUGCGCGAGUCCAUGGGCCUGUCCAACUCUGGGUCGCCCCGGGCGCAGCCUCAACCUACCAACCGGUCGCCGUCGAUCGCCAGCAUCAUCGAGCCCCCCGGUCUCAGCCUAAGGUCGCCUCCGAGACAGCCGCACAGUGGAGGAUACCAGCCCUCCAAGCUGCCGGGGCACGAGGCCUCUCUGCCCGCGUCACCGUCGCAACCGCCCCGCUCGACAUCCCACGCGCUGCCAGCUUCAUCCCGUUCCGCAGCAGCUGCAGAAAAGGACGAGCCUAAGAAGAGGGAGAGCAGAGACCAGCCGCCCGCACCGCCGCCGCUACCAAAGCCCGUCGUCAACGAAUCCAACUUUACAACCAUUGCCAGCGGACCCGUCAAGAAGGUGUCGCCCAAGCAGACGGUCGCGUCGGCCCCGACGCCCAAGACGGACAACAGCGUCGACGAGGUGAUGCAGGAGGGCGACAACAGGUCCAUCCUGGACUUUGGUCGCGCCAAGCCGGGCGAGGAGAUGGCGACACCCUCAAUUGUCCUGAGCAUACCUAUCCGCGCCGGCGAGACCAACAAGUACGUUAACUUUAUGCGCCUGGCCGAGGACCGCUACGGCUGGGAUGCGCUGCACCCGCGUCUGGCGGCCGACCGCGACCGCAAGGCACGCAUCGCAGCCGCGGCCGCGUCGCUCGAAAAGGUGGAGUCGGGCCGCGAGUCGGGCGAGGGAGACGACAUGUCGGUAGACCUGUCGGACGCCGAGGCCAGCAACCCCGAGAACGGAGGUGGUGCCAGCGGUGCAGAUGGCGCGCAGACGAAGCCGGCCAAGAAGAAGCGCAACUUUAAAGAGGACAACUACGACGUUGACGACGACUUCGUCGAUGACUCGGAGCUGAUGUGGGAAGCCCAGGCGGCAGCCAGUCGAGAUGGAUUUUUUGUGUAUUCUGGACCUCUUGUCCCCGAGGUUGAGAAGCCAGCAGGACAAGAAGCUGCCCCCAAACGAGGUCGUGGAAGUCGCGGCGGUCGUGGCGGAAGCCGUGCCUCGACUCGCGGUGGUGCCACUGCCACAGGUGGAGGACGCAACGGCGGCGGCCCGGGAUCGCGAGGCGGCGGCGCACCCAAGAAGCCCCGCGUGACCAAGUCUGAGAAGGCGCAGAGGGAGAGGGAGAAGGCGGAGAAGGAGACGAUGGCUCAGCUUGGGAGGUCAAAUGGACUUACCACGCCUUCAUUGUCUGUGACUGAGUUGGGGGCAUAG